AUGUUGAACCGCACGCUUCACGAGUUGGCGUUCAUUCGCACCUGGGUCGUGCUCAUGCAAUACCCAAUUGUCCCCUACAUAUCGAUCCUCAUAGCUUGUUACCUCGGUGCGAACUACAGCCAAAACCCGGCGCGAUGGAUAACAACCGCCCAGGUCAUCAUCGGCAUGAUGGCCAUCGAGUUGCUGUACAUCAUGUUCAUUUGGGUGCCCUACACUCGGCGCCUCAAGGAGCCCGCCGCACACCCGCCCCCGUCGUCACCUACGGAGCGCCGAGCCUUGUUUGAACGGUGCAUGGGCACAGUCCCAAACUACGAAAACUAUCUUCGCAUGUGGUUUUUGGGCGCCGAACCAUCCGAGAUCCGCCACGACAAUCUCCGCGAAUUCCUGCUUUGGGCCUUUUUCGACGUUGAAGAGGGGAGUGACGACAAGUACAGGUCUAGCGAGGACUACGACACGGAGGUGGACGAAUAUGUUGCCUACAUCGAAAAGGGCCUUGGAAGAACCCUUGAGCCCGGGCGGGGCCGAGCCAAGUGCUUGCGGCUGACCAUCGACUCCGUCGAGCCGGCGUUCCGAACCGUCUGGUGGUACGCAACCAUGGCCCUUCUGGAUCACGCCACCCACGUCCUCCUCCUCCUCAACGGCUUCGAAUACUACGCGCAGCCACGACAGAAAGUCAUCUUCCCGCCACGGCUACAGCAGAUGUUUGCGAGUCGCCGUACCGAGGCCGGUAACUUGAGUUACUGGCACCGUCCUCAUCGUUCAGAAGGGUUGCCUGUCGUUUUCAUCCACGGUAUCGGCAUCGGCCUGUGGCCGUACAUAAGCUUCCUUGCCGAGAUCGGCGGUGGAAAGGGAAAAGAUCAGACUGGCGUCAUUGCCCUCGAGAUUCUGCCCGUCUGCUUCCGGCUUACGGAGCCGCCCCUCGGCAAGGAGGCCUUCCUUGAGCAGUUUAAGAAGGUCCUGGACCGUCACAUGUGGGACGAGUUCGCCCUCGUAUCUCACUCGUACGGGUCCAUCCUAUCUACCCACGCCAUGCGAUGCCCAGAGCUGCAAGUGAGGAUCCCACGGGUGGUACUCAUUGACCCCGUGAGCAUACUUCUCCAUCUGCCCGACGUUGCUUAUAACUUCACCCGCCGUCGGCCAACGACCGCCAACGAAUGGCAGCUGUGGUAUUUCGCCAGCACCGACCCCGGUGUUGCCCAUUGCCUCGGCAGGUACUUCUUCUGGAGGGAGAACGCCAUCUGGGCCGACGAACUGGUCGGUCGAACUGCAAAAUCGGGGCAUGCUGGGCAAGGCCGGAAGCAAGCGAGGCAGGUUACUGUAUGCUUAUCAGAGCUCGACUUGAUAGUUGACAGCCAUGCGGUUGCCAGGUAUUUGGCCGAGGGAGAGCGGGCGGAUCACCCCGCAUGGUUGCAGGGCGAACAUGGCCAGAGUAACGUUGCCAGCCCCAAGGCGGGACUCGUGCCAGGUAGGGGGGAAGAGUGCAAGCAUCACCGUUCUGCCGGGUCGGGUAUCAACAUCCUCUGGUUUCCGAACAAAGACCAUGCGCAGGUCUUCGAUGCCCCGCGGGCCAGGGCACGGAUCGUGGCCGCCACAAAGGGCGAGUCUGAAGUAAGAUAG